GAUAUGUUUACCACUAUGUUCAGAGAAGUUGAUCUGUAUCUGUUAAAAAAUGUGCUGAAUACUUAGAAGUUAAAACAUUUAAAACAAAAGUCAAAACCACUCCCUAAUGGUUCUCAGGGUCUCAACAGGUGCCGAAGUUUCCAAAAGCUAUGGAAUACAAAGUUACAGGGUUAACUGACACGUCCGCUUCUCUGUGGGAUGAUGAAUUCAACGGAAUAUCUAACGGUGAGGUAGUUGGGAAAACAGAUAUUAGAUACGUCUUGUCCAGAGCAUGGGAUAGCGGGCUUGAAAAAAUCUUCAUCACAGGCAAAGAUUUCAAGUCUAGCAAGAGAUCACUUGAAAUCGCUAAAACAGACAGACGACUGUACUGCACAGUAGGAUGCCAUCCAUCUCAAUACCCCACCUGGACCAAAAAGAGAAAGAAAUACCCUGACCGCAUAGCUGAAUUGAUAGAUCACUGCAAGAAGAAGUGUGUGGCAGUUGGCAACUUCGGUCUUGACUAUACGGACGAGGGGCUAGAAAGAUGUAUCAAAAAGGACCAACUCGAGAUCUUCGACUGGCAUGUUCAGUUUGGACAUUUCCUCCGGAAACCUAUGCAGUUCCACUUUCAAGGUGACGCGUUUGACGACAUGAUGAACCUUCUGAGCAACUCCAGAGACCGAGGGGCUCUGAAGGGUGUCUGCCAUUCCUUUCAAGGGUCGCCCGCCCAAGCCCGCGAACUUACCAGGAAAGGGUUCUACAUCGGGUUUGACGGCUGUUCGCUGAAAGAAAAACAGCAUUUAGAAGUAGCAAAAAGUGUUCCCCUUAAUCGUUUAUUGCUUGGUACGAGCUCCCCUCGUUGCAGCGUCCAACGCCCUCACGCUGGAAUGAAGCUCUUGACAACUGGUUUCUUCUCAAAAAGUAAUCGCCUCAGUCAAGAUAUGGUAGUUGGGAGAACUGAACCAUCACAUAUGUGCCAUUUGUUGGAGAUAGUUGCCCGAGCCCGAUCCAUGGAACUGCAAGAGUUAGCGGACAUAAUCCAGAUGAACGUGAAAAAAUUAUUUUUCAAGAAAACUUACCAGAAAAGCUGUGAAUGUGAAAGAGUGCAUUAAUUUGUCAUUGUUUUUAUCCUUAAAGUAUAUCAUGUAAGAGGGUUUUUAGAAACAAAGAUUUUUUGUA